AUGGCAGUUCCAAAAAAGCGCACUUCUAUAUCAAAAAAAAAAAUUCGCAAGAAUUUUUGGAAAAAAAAGGCAUAUACGACAGCAUUGAAAGCCUUUUCAUUAGCUCAAUCCAUUUUUACAGGUAAAUCAAAAAGUUUUUUUUUGUAA